AUGGAUUUCCAUACAGAGAUACUGAUCUGUUCCGACCUCCCUUUCGUCACUAAUGGAGACGUUUUCUACACUGCUGGAUCCCCUGACAACAGAUCUCUCUAUUCUGGAGCUACCUACACGUGCAAUCCUGGCUACACUCUCAUUGGAGGGAGCACCACCAGGGCCUGUGUGAGUGGAGGGAGAUGGAGUGGGUCACCUCCAACUUGUCAAUACAUAGGGCUCACUACUGCUCCACCCAUCACCUGCUCUGACCUGAUUAAUCCGACCAAUGGAACGAUCGGCUAUGAUAUGGGGACUGCUAGUUCAAGACCAGUGUACACGGUGGCCACCUACACCUGUGACACUGGAUACACUCUCAAUGGAGACACUACCAGGACUUGUAGGAGUGAUGGAAUUUGGAGUGGAUCAAGUCCAGUUUGUCAGCAGAUACUGAUCUGUUCCGACCUCCCUCUCGUCACUAAUGGAGACGUUUUCUACACUGCUGGAUUCCCUGACAACAGAUCUCUCUAUUCUGGAGCUACCUACACGUGCAAUCCUGGCUACACUCUCAUUGGAGGGAGCACCACCAGGACCUGUGUGAGUGGAGGGAGAUGGAGUGGGUCACCUCCAACUUGUCAAUGUGAGUUUUGUAACUCGUACACAGUUUGCAUUUCGUGUAUAGACAUAGGGCUCACUACUGCUCCACCCAUCACCUGCUCUGACCUGAUUAAUCCGACCAAUGGAACGAUCGGCUAUGAUAUGGGGACUGCUAGUUCAAGACCAGUGUACACGGUGGCCACCUACACCUGUGACACUGGAUACACUCUCAAUGGAGACACUACCAGGACUUGUAGGAGUGAUGGAAUUUGGAGUGGAUCAAGUCCAGUUUGUCAGCAGAUACUGAUCUGUUCCGACCUCCCUCUCGUCACUAAUGGAGACGUUUUCUACACUGCUGGAUUCCCUGACAACAGAUCUCUCUAUUCUGGAGCUACCUACAUGUGCAAUCCUGGCUACACUCUCAUUGGAGGGAGCACCACCAGGACCUGUGUAAGUGGAGGGAUCUGGAGUGGGUCACCUCCAACUUGUCAAUACAUAGGGCUCACUACUGCUCCACCCAUCACCUGCUCUGACCUGAUUAAUUCGACCAAUGGAAUGAUCGGCUAUGAUAUGGGGACUGCUAGUUCAAGACCAGUGUACACGGUAGCCACCUACACCUGUGGCACUGGAUACACUCUCAAUGGAGACACUACCAGGACUUGUAGGAGUGAUGGAAUUUGGAGUGGAUCAAGUCCAGUUUGUCAGCAGAUACUGAUCUGUUCUGACCUCACUCUCACCAAUGGAGAUAUUGUCUACACUGCUGGAUUCCCUGACAACAGAUCUCUCUAUUCUGGAGCUACCUACACGUGCAAUCCUGGCUACACUCUCAUUGGAGGGAGCACCACCAGGACCUGUGUGAGUGGAGGGAUCUGGAGUGGGUCACCUGCUCUGACCUGA